AUGGACGACCGUCGCGCGUGGCAGCUCGUGCGAUGGAUGUUGCUGCUGCUAGCGUUGAGCACAUUCGUGAGUAGCAACGAGCUCGUCCUUAUCUCGCAGCCUGUCGCGACGGCCGCGGGCAACGAGCUCUCGCCGCCACCGACAUUGCAGCUCGAAGACGGCGCCGGAACCGUCCUGCACCACGUCAAUAGCGGCUUUGUGUCCGUGUACAUUAGCACCAACCCGCGCCUCUACGCGCAUCUCUCUAGCGCGUCCGGGCUCGCCUUCCCGAUCGUCGGCGGUGUCAUCACAUGCACGGGGCUCUCGAUCGACUUGGUCGCCACUGGCUACACGCUUACGUUUGUCUCACUCUCGUUUGGCGUCCAAACGACCUCAAAUCCUUUCAACAUCCUCCUCGGACUCCCGCAUACCAUCGCUUUGACGACGGCCUUGGGCGCGACGACCGGCGGCUCCCCCUUUGCGCCGCAGCCCAGUGUCUCGAUCGUCGACAAAGGCGGCAACGUCGUUCAUAGCGUGAGCGCUGGGACGGUCUCCGUGGCGAUCGGAAGCAAUCCCGUCGGUGGCAUCCUCACGCCGCCGAGCGCGCAGAUCGCAACCUUCUCGCACGGCGUCGCGACCUUCCAGAAGCUGCAGAUCGACAGGACGGGCGGUCCGUACACCCUUAUCUUUACGUGCGACGCGACGCUGCUGUUGCCGGGCGGGAGCUCGCUGACCACACGCCCGUUUGUUGUCGCGACGGGGCCGCCGACGCAAAUGGCGAUCGUUGCGCACCCGCUGUCUGCGUUUGGCGGCCAAGCGUUCAUGGUCCAGCCCACGCUGCAGCUGCUCGACGCCGGCGGGAACCUCCUUUCGACCGAGCCCAAGAUGCUUGUGACCGCCGCGAUAUACGCCAACCCGUCCGGCGGCCGCUUGUACCCGACGCUCGAGACGAAUGCAAGCGUCGUUCACGGCGUCGCGAGCUUCAAGAACCUGCGCAUCGACGCCGCAGGUCCUGGCUACGUCCUGCGCUUUGCCGUCAUUUCGCACAACCUGACGUACGACAUGUACAGCGAGACGGGUCUCUUCGUCCUCGGACCGUCCUUUACGGUGUACGUCGGCGCGCUCUUCUCGCUUCAGGUCGUGCAGUCGCCAAGCAAUCAUGCGCUCGCGGAUGGACAGCCGUUCACGGACCAGCCGAUCGUUGCGCUCAAGGACCGCGGUAACAAUACGCUUCGCAGCGAAAAUGCAGCGCUCGUAUCUGUCGCGAUGGUCCCGAGCCUCGCCGUGUACAGCACGCUUGUGGUGUCGACAGCGAACAGCCCGAUCGCCGUCGUCACAAACGUCUUUCUUUUGCCGUCGCCUUUCUCGUCGCCGCAUGGGGCUGGCACACUGCUCCUUCUCAACGUCACCUUUUCCCAGCAAGUUCGCGCCACUGGCGAUAUCGUCUUGCAGCUCAAUAGCGCACUCGGCGCCGUCGCGACGUGCGACACGCUCCUUACGUGGUCGACGACACUCACAUUCCGGUACGAAAUCGCUGCCGGCGACACUAGCGCCGCACUCAACUACGCAUCCACCUCGGCACUGGUCGUGGCUCCCGGCGCGACGCUGCAAGAUCGCCUUGGCGUGCCGCCGGUGCUCGCACUGCCGAUGGCAGGACUGCACCCGAUCGCAUCGGUCGACACAACGGCUCCGGUGAUCGUCUCGAUGGGGUGCGCGCCGCCGACCGUGGCGGGCACGUAUGGGCCAGGGCAGACGCUGCAGCUGCUCGUGACCUUUUCGUUGCCCGUCGCAGUCCGAGGCGUGAACAUGCCGUACCUUUCUCUCAACACUGGCCAAACCGCUGGCUUUCAUAGCGGCAACAACACGGCGAGAUUGGUGUUUCACACGGCAGCGCUGGACGUGACGACGUCGCUCAACGCGAACGGAGCACUCUUGCGGCGCGCCGGCACGGCCCUCACGCAGGAUGCAAGCGUGCUUUUGCCAACGGCCGCAGCGAUGCGACUUCCCAUGCAGUGUGCUCUCGUCCUCUCGUCGGCAGCUCCGGCCGUCGAUCCGACCGUUGGCGUCACAUCCACGACGGCGAACGGCGUCUACGCAGCGGGCGACCCCAUUCUACUCCAAGUGACUUUUACAGCACCCGUCGACGUCUCGGGGGUCCCACGUCUCUUGCUCAACACGAUGCAGUAUGCGUCGUACGUCUCGGGAAGCGGCUCGACCGUGCUCUCAUUCCAGUACAUCGUCCAGCCGGAGGAUAAUGUACCGACGCUCGACUAUGCGUCGUCGGCGGCGCUCGUACGCAACGGCGGCGACCUCGUUCGGCACGUGACCGCCGGCACCGCGCUGCUCGCGUGCAACGUAGACCUCUCGGCCGCGACAGCCAACGGCCGGAACCUCGGUGCCACCGCGAGUUUGACCCUCCACGGCCUCGCACCCGUUGUCACGACCGUCGCAUGGCCGACGACACCGUCGACGUACGUCCGAGGCACGACGGUGGCGCUUUCCGUCACCUUUUCGUUCCCCGUCGUCGUCGCCGACGGUAUUCCGUCGAUUGCUCUCAGCAACGGAGGCUCGGCCACGUAUACGUCUGGCUCUGGCACGUCGACGCUCGUCUUUGAAUACACGGUCGCGUUGGGCGACGCGACAUCGGCGCUGAGCUACGUGCCGUGGGCCACCAUCGCGCUGCGCGGGUCCACGAUCCGACAGCGGUCGUCGUCGCCGAUGCAGCCAGCCCAGCUGUCGCUGCCGUGGCCGGCUGCGAUCGCGAACGGACCCAUCGCACUCGACCCAACAAUCGGCCACGUCACGACGGUCGUGUCCAUCUCGGCCGACCAAAUCGCGGGCGAGUACGGCGAAAACCACGCGUUUGCGAUCUCGGUGGUGUUUUCCGACGCCGUCUUUGUCACGGGAAGCGUUCAGUUGGCGCUCAACACCCGCAGCGUUGCGUACGCGACAGGGUCGGGCUCCUCGACGUUGAUGUUUCUCUACACGGUGCAGCCGUUGGAUGCAACGGCGAGCCUCAGUCUCGGCGCAGUGUCGCCACUGUCGUGCACGGGUGGCGGACCCUGCAGCCUUCUGAACGCCAACAACGUCGCUGUCGACGGCGACUGUACAAGCGUGAGUUUGCAGCCCGUCAACAUUGCGAUCAGCACCGUCGCGCCCGUCGUUCUCUCGGUGUCGGCGCUGACGCCGGCGCCACUGAUCAACCGCGGAACGUUCAUCGUCGGCGACGUCGUUCAGAUCCUCGUCGUUGCGAGCAAGCCUGUGGACGUUCAGACAUCGCCGACGGCGCUGCCCCACGGCGUGCCGACGUUGCUUCUCAAUACCGGCCGAGCUGCCUUUUUCGUCGGGUACCAUAACGGGGACCGCACGCAGCUGCUGUUCGAGUACACUGUGAUGGCGGGCGACGCGACACCGGCCCUGCGAUACACGAAUACGUCGGCCUUGACGCUCAACUACAACCGAGGCAGCAUUCUCCGGCUGGCAACGACGCCGACAACGCCAAUGAACCUUGCGCUGCCACCGGUAGCCAACCUCGGUCUCAACCUCGUCGUGGACACGACACGGACGCCGCUUGUCACCGACGUCGCUGCUGUGACACCCAACGGCGCCUAUUACGUCGGCGACGUCAUUCAAAUUCAAGUAACAUUUUCCGAGACCGUCGCCGUGACGGGUGUCCCCGUCUUGCUUUUGGACCUCGGCCUCUACGACCGACGCGCCAUCUACGUCUCUGGCACAGCGUCCACAGUACUGGUGUUUCGUUAUACCAUUGAGCAAGAUGAUGUGUCGACGGACUUGAGCUACCUCGACUCGAAAUCGCUCUACUGCCCACCCGGCGCGCGCAUCCGCUUCAUGCAAGCUUCUUUUAUCCACAAGACACGGGCAACGGUCCCGACGGUUCCGGCCAACUGCCUACUGCCGCUGCCCGGCGUUGCUGGUUCGUUGAGCGCCAAUAGCAACGUUGAGAUCCGCGGGACGACACCGUACAUUACCGACAUAUCCUUUCUGUCGCCCAACGCCACGUACGUUGUCGGAAGCACCAUCGAUGUGCAAGUCACGCUCAGCGCCGCCGUCGUGACGGCCGGGGCACCGUUCUUGCGCAUGGCGUCGGGGCCGUCCCAGCGUCAAGCGUUCCUCGUGCCAUCGGCUGGCGCGAGCUCGAGGCUUUUGUUUCGAUACACGGUGCAAACGGGCGAUCGCAGCGGCGCCCUCGACUACGCCGACACGCAAGCGCUGCAGCUCAACGGGGGUACCAUCCUCACGGCGCCGACGCUGCCGGCGUCCGUUGCAACGCAGUACGUAAAUGUGCAUUUGAACCCACCGGGUGGCACGCUCUUUGGCGGUCGCGUCUUCCAGGCGGUCGCUGGCGUCGCAUCGUUUCUUGAGCUCGGCAUUAGCACCAUCGGCCGUGGCUAUCAGCUCGUCUUUGCGUCCAGCACGGGUGCCGUCACGAAGACGCUGAUUGAUGUGUCGUACUCGGCUGUCUAUGAAGUGCGCAAUGCACCGCUAAGUGCACUGAACCGAGGCGAUCGCACCGGCGCCAGCGUCGCCGUCACCAAUGGCGUCGCCGUCGUCGGGUCACCCGGCGCCAAGGUCGCCGAGUACAACGUCCAAGUCGUCACCGCCACCGGCAGCGCGACCGCGUUUGUCAAUGAAGUGCAGUACGUCAUGACGUCAUGCAUUCACCGCGAUGCGGUGCAGGUGCUAACGACGAGCGCGGCGCCUGGCGAGACCGUCGGCGGGUAUUUCUCGCUUUUGCUUGGACCCGUGGGGCCGUCGCGCCGCAUCGCCAGCGACUAUGACGCGACGCAGCUCAAGGUCGCCCUCGAGCUCGAUUUUGGGUACCCCCUCGGGUCGAUUGACGUCACACGGUCCCCCAACACAUUUUGCGGCUGCUGGAAUGCGUUUGCGUGGACGAUUACCUUUCGCGUGCCGGGCGACAUCCCGACGCUAUUCGCACGCAACUUUCUCUCGGGCGCCGGAGCUACAGUCGGCGACGGGCGCGGAGGUGCUUUGGCCACCGUACUCGUGCCGCCAGCGGUCGUUUCGGGCGCGUUCGCUCUUCGGUACGGCAGUCUGGUGACGCAAGACUUGGCAUCGGAUAUCGACGCGCCAACGCUGGCCACGCGCCUGUCCAUGGAUCUGAAUCUGCCUGUGCUCAGAAUCGCACGCUCGGCGCCCACGCCGCAGUCUGGCUAUACGUGGAGCAUCACAUUUGAUGCGACGGCGACGCUUUUCAACCCUAACCCGCUCCAGCCGGCACCUGUGCUGCUGGCUGGCAACCAAGCUCUCCUUGCCGUGCGCACAGUGCGUGAGGGCAGUGCACCGCUCUCGGGUAGCUUCCAGCUGAGCCUCGGGGGGUACGCGACGCCCAACAUUCCAGUCACGGCAUCGACAGCAGCGAUGGAGACGGCGCUCUUGACGCUGCCGGUGGUCUCGGCCGUCAGCGUUGGCCGAUCCGGGCCAAACGCCUUUGGUGGCUAUGCGUGGACCGUCACGUUUCUAAAAGUCAACCUCAUGACGACGUACGGGCUCGUGCUCAACAGCCUCGGCACGCUGCCGCCGCUUGUGCCGACGACGCAACUCCACGGGUCACCGCUCCUUGUAGGCUCCAGCGCAACGAUUCUCGUCGAAUACGCCGGCGUGAACCCGUCGGCGAGCUCUGCUGUCGCGUACGGCAAUACACCGGGUCAAAGCGCGGGCUCCGCCACGGUUUUCGUGCCCAAGAACCAGCACUGGGUCGCGACGAGCGUCUUGGUUGGCGACGACACGCAGCUGGGCGAUCAGUUUGGUGCGAGCGUCGCCGUCAACGUGGCUGGCACCCAGAUUGUCGUUGGCGCGCCGUAUGCGGUGGACCGAGGUCACAAAGAGGUGCAGACAUUAUUGUGCACGGCCGACGGCGGGACCUUUACCCUCGCGUUUCUCGGGAUGACGUCCGCGCCGAUCUCGUUUGCAGCAUCUGCGGCCACACUUCAAGCGACACUGGCCGCGCUUCUCAACGUACCCGAAAGGCUGCUUAGCGUGGCCGCGUAUACGGCGCUGUGCAACGGCGUGGGCGUCGCCAUCACGUUCUCAACGCCCGACUUGAGUGAUGCGGAGGGCAAUCUGCCCAACCUUGUCGCUGACGGCACCCAGCUGACCAGUGGUGGGGGGCCGGGGACGGUGACCGUGCUCGAGACCACCGUGGGUUCUUUCCGACUCGACGGGGCUCGCGCAAAAGGCGUGACGUGUGGCGGGGCCUACUUUUUUGUGUCGGAUUCCACCGGUGCGUGGACUCAAGUGGCCAAGUUUACACCGACGAGCGACUCGGGUGCAAGUGCGAGCGAGCUGGGGGCGAGUGCGAGCAUCGAAACCAAUCUGGCUGUCGUGGGCGCGCCCGGCGCAAGCAGCUCGAUCGGGGAAGUGUACGUCUACGAGUACAACGGCGUCACGUGGAGCCAGAUUCAAAUCCUGACGAGUGCGCCGUAUGCUGGCGAGAAAGGCGACCGGUUUGGCGAUACCGUCGCGAUCUCGGGUGCGAGGAUUGUUGUCGGCGCGCCUGGCUACGGUGGUGGCCUCGGCGCCGUCUUCGUCUAUGUCCGUGUCAAUGGCGUGUUCAUCGCCCACGAAACGAUUCAAGCGGCCGACUUGCAGCUCGGCGAUGGAUUUGGGAGCGCGCUGGACCUCGACAUGACCACGUCGACGCUGGUCGUGGGCACCGCGGCGCAGAGCAGCGCAGUGGGCGCCGUCUACAUCUACACGCUACCAGACAUGUACUUUACACUGCAGCAAAAAGUAUCGGCGUCGAACGCGCGCGCCAACGACGGGUUUGGACACAGCGUCGCCGUCGCGCAGAACGUUCUUCUUGUCGGCGCCAACGCCAAGUAUGGCUUCAGCACUCCGCGCACGGUGCGCAAGGCUGUCCAAACCAUCACGACGUCGGCGGCGACUCCGAUCCAAGCCGGCAGCACCUUUCGCGUCGGGUACCACCAGUCCCGACGCGGCCACGCCACCGACUACAUAUACUCGCCGCCGAUUCCAUUUGACGUGAGUGCCGUCGCGCUUCAAACGACGCUGCAGGCGUCGCUACAGACAGGUGCGCUGGUCGUCCAACGGCUUGGCCCCGAUGCGAACGGCGGGUGUACGUGGUACAUCACGUUCGCCGGCGCCACGGGCAACGUGCACAAGCUUCGCGUCGACGGGUCUAAGCUUGUGGGCAGUAGCGCUCGUAUCGCAGCGUCGGUGCUUGUGGCUGUCCCACCGAUCGUGCGUAGUGACGUCUAUGUGUUUGUGCGGUCGGGCGCCUCGUGGACGGAGCAAGCCACGUUGCGUCCGACCCACAAGCAGUUCUUCAGGUGCUUUUUUUGGGGAGCGGUGGCCAUGGCCCGGACAGGCGCCAAUGCGAUCGUUGGCGCCCCGAACGCCGACACGCGCUUCUCCCACGUCAACAGCGGCGCGGGCUACAUCUUCGACUUGGGGUUCCUCGACGUUGCGCUCUCGUCGCCAGUGUACAGCGUGCUCGAAGGCGCGUCGGUGUCGGUGCCGAUUCAGCGCUGCGGGCCGCUUGGCCUCGCGUGCAAGCUGACACCAAUCACAACGGCGCGAUACAUCAAUGUGGACACGGGCGACGCGAUCUCGGAUCUGGCAGGCGCCAACUUCGUGCCGGCGAGACAGCGCAAGUACAUUGGACCGUUCCAGCAGCUCGCGAUGCUAGACGUGACGGCCUCGACGCCAGGCGCAGCGUACUAUCCGAAUGUAAACGGCCCCGAGCCAUACCCGCAGGUGCCGUCCGGACGCUACCUGCGGCGUUCGUGGGUCGGCACCGCCAAUAGCCGCGCCCAGUUUUACGGCAGCCCCGAGACGCGGUCGCGUUGGGUUGACGCACAAUUUGACUACCAAGGUCUCUCGGACUACACGCCCACGAAUGUGGCGCUGCUCUUUCCACCCAACAAUGUGUCGGCGUCCAUUGUCGUUCCGACGACCGACGACAUGGUCUUCGAGUCGCCCGACGAGACCAUCAACGUGCGCCUGAGCGUGCCCGGCAUGUGGCCCAGCUAUCCAAGCCAAUUUUGGUCGCAAAUCACGAUCCUCGACAACGGAGAUGGUGGCUUUGGCACCACCUCGUACACGGCCAUGUUGUCGGGCAGUGCGCCGUCGCGGCUGGGAUCUGCCAUCGCGCUCCUCGAUGGCGGCAGCUUGGCGGCGCUGGGUGCACCGACGCAGUUCGAUCCAACAAGCCAAACGGUGUGCGGCGCCGUCUUUGUCUAUCGCGCGACCAGUGGCAUCUGGGCGGUUGAAGCCACGUUGAGACCGCCGACGUGCAGCGAGGGGCUGGCCUUUGGUACAUCGUUGGCGAUCGAUGCCUCGUACGGCACGACUCGCCUCGUGGUGGGCGCACCGAGUGGCCCGUCGCCGGCUGCGUUUGUCUAUACGCGCAACUCUGCGCUGGGAAUGUGGACGCUCGAGACGCAGCUUGGCGAACCGACGGCAGUCUCAGUAAACACCAAGUAUGCGGCCGCCAACGCCGUCGCGAUCCACGGAUAUCACAUUGUCGUGGGGGCCGCCGGUCUUGAGUGCACCUUCUUGUACACCUUGAUUGCCAACACGUGGCAGCCGGCCAUUGUGCUGCGCGCCUCCGACUACGCCACCGACCUUGUGUAUCUGCAGAAUGUUGUUCAUGAAUUCGGGUUUGGCGCGUCGGUUGCGCUUGCCCCGCGGACUCUGGUCGUUGGCGCGCCAUUGGCCAAGUACGGCCCCACGCGGGUCGACGACGCGGCCUAUCUGGGCACCGGCGCCGCAUACGUCUACUACCUUCCGGCGCAAGUGCAGCAAGUCACGCUACGCGCCGACAAGCCGUUGACGGCGGGACACUUUGUCUUGUCAAUUGGCGCCGCGUCGACGGCGCUUCUCAGCUACGAGAUUGCGGCCGUCGACUUGGCGGCAGCGCUCGAGAAGCUACUGCCCAAAGUACACGUCGUGCGAACGGGCAGCAUCGUCAAAGGCUUUACGUGGACCGUGACCAUGCUGUCGGAAGUCACGACCGUGCCCACCUUUGUGGUCACGUGGAAUGGUCACGGGUGUAUUUCGUGUACACCUCUCAACAGCGGGUAUGCAGCCAACCCCGCCGGACAGAUCACUGUAGCUACCAUUGCGCCACUCGGGACAUGGACCUUUCACCAGCAGCUAGCGGCUGCCGACGGCAACCACGCAGACCGGUUUGGGUCCGACGUCGACAUCGAUGGCGACUCGAUCAUCGUUGGCGCCUACGGCUCGUCGGCGCUCGUCACGACGACAUGGAAUUUCGAGACGGGGGAUCUCACCGGCUGGGUGCAGACAGGUAAUGCGUUUUUACAGCAGCCGACGUUUGGCGAAAACCGCCAAGGUCUCGGCGUCAUUGGUUUUGAGGGCCGCUACUGGCUUGGCACGUACGAAGCGCGUCCAGGGGCUGGACAGAGUGAGAACCCGACACCAUUCUCCUGUGGUUUUUUGAACGGUGACUGCGCUGCGAACCAAAACGCCGUACCGGGGACUGCCAUUGCGGGUACGGUCCAGGGUGACGGCCCCCAGGGCACCCUUACGUCGCAGCCGUUCUCGAUUCGCGGCAGUCGAAUCCGCUUUCGCAUUGGCGGGGGCUGCACCUUCCGAACUGUCUAUGUCGAGCUACUCAUUGACGGCAUCUCGGUGCAAAAGAGCACAGGACGCUGCUCGGAGCGCUUGCACUCAGUGACUUGGACUGUGUCGCAAUACAUGAACCGCACGGCGCAAAUUCGCAUCGUCGACGCCUCCGAGAGCGCGUUCUGGGGUCACAUCAACGUCGAUGCGUUCGAUUUCGACUGGCCGAUCGAGCAAGCAACCACUGAACUGGCGGGCGUCGCCUAUGUGUUUUAUCGAAGUACGUCGUCGACUGCAUACGGCGUCUGUCGCGGUGUUCCAAAGCUGCAGUGCGCGUGGAUGCUCCAGGCGCGACUUGUUGCAAGCGACAAGCGCGACCACGACAUGUUCGGUUUCAGCGUCAGCAUCGACGACGUCAAUGGCACAGCCAUCGUCGGCGCGUAUGGCCAAGCUGGCGUCAACCUCAACAACUCGAUUGUUGGCGAGCCUGCGACCGGCUCCAUCUACGUGUACUCGCGCAUCCCCGCUGAGCGCGACGCGCUAGGCAAUGUCCUCUUACCGCCACGCUGGCCAGGUCGGGAAACCGCCAAGCUCCAGGCAGUCAACAAAGCCGCGGGCGCCCAGUUUGGGUACGCCGUGUCAGUCACGAUGGGCCAUGUCGCCGUCGGAAGUCCCGGCGCCGCUGCGGUCAACAACAUUGGACUCGGGUACAUCUUCAACACGCAGUUCCUGCAAGUCUCGGUCGCGGCCAAAGAAGUCGGCGUCAAGGAAAACGAUGUUAACGGCCACGCGAUUGUCAUGCUGCUUCGCGCCGGGAACUCGACGGCACCACUCACGAUCGAGUACGCGACGAGCGAUUUGGAUGCACGGGGCGUCGACGCGCUUCGUUUUGCGCAGUGCUUGCGCAUGCUCAUACCCAACCGCGAGCAGUGUGGCAAGUACCAGCAAACGUCUGGUGAAGUUACGUUCGCUGCCGGCGUCACCUCGAUUGCAAUUCCCGUGCCCAUCAUGAACGACAACUGCUACACCGAAGGCGAGUCGUACGUUGCGGUACAUCUGAACGUGCCAGGCGGCGACGUGCUUCUCGGCGAGCAGUUUUCCAUGCGGAUACGCAUCGACGACGAUGAUUUUGGGCAACCAUUGUGCCCGUAA